AUGGAUAUGAGGUACUCAGUGAUCUGCCUGGACUCAGAGGCGAACCUGGACCACAGGGAAAUCCAGGUUUACCAGGAACACCUGGUAGCAAAGGAGCAGAAGGACCACGAGGACCUCCUGGGAUCCCUGGGUCCAAAGGGAGACAGAGGCGAGAAAGGAGAGAGGGGUUUGCCAGGAAGAGAUGGUGGACCACCUGGACCUCCAGGCCCUCCUGGACCUCCAGGACAGAUCAUCUACCAGCCAGGAGGAGAUGUUGGACCAGGUAUUCCAGGCAGGGCAGGAUUCCCAGGCCCAAUGGGACCAAAAGGGGAAAAAGGGAACCCAGGGCCACCAGGAUAUGCACCUAAGGGAGAAAAAGGAGAGCCUGGUGUCAUCAUGGGGCCUGAUGGGAGACCUCUAUCCCUGGGAGGCUUGACAGAACAGCCAGGUGAGAGAGGGAGUCCUGGCCCAAUGGGAUUUCCAGGUCCACAAGGUCCUCAAGGCCAGAAGGGGGAGAUUGGUUUUCCUGGCCGACCGGGUCGACCAGGACUAAACGGUGCCAAAGGAGAGAAGGGAGAUGCGGGCAGUGGAUCUGGAUCUGGAUACCCUGGGCCACCAGGCCCACCAGGGCCCCCUGGGCCUCCUGGACCUCCUGUUCCCAUUGACAGACUCGGAGGAUAUGAUUACUCCAGGUAUUACGCUGUUAAAGGAGAGAAAGGAGAUCGGGGACCACCAGGUUUUGGAUCAAACAUUGACAUUUACAGUUUAAAGAAUGAGCUGAAAGGUGAAAGUGGCGUGAAAGGAGAGAAAGGAGAGCCAGGCGGAGGAUAUUAUGACCCCCGGUAUGGAGGAAGCGGAGUCGGAGCCCCGGGAGUGCCUGGACCUCCAGGCCCUAAAGGAGACUCCAUUAUUGGCCCACCAGGCCCUCAGGGGCCAUCUGGACCACCUGGAAGAGGGUAUGAUGGACCACCUGGACCACCAGGGCCACCUGGACCUCCAGGACCGUCACUGGAUGGAUCUUACAGAGGCACACAGACUAUCAGUAUACCUGGACCACCAGGACCUCCUGGACCUCCUGGAGUGCCUGGUGUCACCUCUGGGGUGACAGUGUUGAGGUCUUAUGAAACAAUGACAGCUACAGCUAGAAGACAACCUGAGGGCUCUCUGGUGUACAUACUAGACCAAACAGAUCUCUACCUACGAGUCCGAGAUGGAGUUCGUCAAGUCCAGCUUGGGGAGUACAUCGCUUUCCCCAGGGAGGAUGUUAAUGAGGUUGCUGCUGUGGAGCCUCCGCCAGUUGUCCCUUACUUCCAAGACCACCAUUCCCACACGGGCACCUCCACCAACCACUUCAACCAGCCGCAUGAGAGUCCGGCCCAACCACAUGCUGAGCCUGAGUAUAAACCUACUUACGUCGAUCCCAGAUAUCAGCCUGAUUCGCGGUAUCAGUCAGAACCACGGUAUUAUGUUGUGGACACUCAUUACCCGAUCACCACUCCACGAAGACCACCCCCACAUCAACCCCAGAGUCCAGUCCACCAUCACACUUCUGGGCCAGUGCUCCACCUGAUUGCUUUGAACAGCCCUCAGACCGGCUCCAUGCGGGGCAUCCGCGGUGCAGACUUCCUGUGCUUCACCCAGGCUCAGGCCAUCGGGAUGAAGGGAACUUUCCGGGCCUUCCUGUCCUCCAGACUCCAGGAUCUCCACAGCAUCGUCCGCAAAACUGACAGACAGAAUUUAUCAGUAGUCAACUUGAAGGACGAGGUUCUGUUUGACAGCUGGGACGACAUCUUCAGCGGCGGCAGAAUGAAGGAAAACGUGUCAAUCUACUCGUUUGAUGGCAAGGACGUUCUUUACGACAACACAUGGCCAGAGAAGAUGGUCUGGCACGGAUCGACUAGCAGAGGCGAGCGGCACGUCGACAGCUUCUGCGAGACGUGGCGCGUGGGCGAACAGGCGCUGACCGGCAUGGCGUCGCCGCUGCAGAGUGGCAGUUUGCUGCAGCAGAGCUCCAGCAGCUGCUCCAGCUCCAACGUCGUGCUGUGCAUCGAGAACAGCGCCGGCCACUCCAGGAGAUAGACACGGACACAGUUUUUGUCCACACACACACACACGCACACACUAUGAUGUGCCUUUGUAAAUAUGAAUUUUCUAAAGAAUAAUAAGUGUAUGUAUGUUAACCCCUACUCUGUGGUGCUACACAGGAUUACCCACGCAAGUUAAGCUCAGGUGACCUACUGUAACUGUCUCUGGCAGCCAUGUUGGUGCAGCUUCUCUGUCAUUUCUUUUGCUGUUUGAAAGUUGCCAGCUAGCAGCGUCUCUAAUAAUCAUAACCACCGCUAGUUUAAGCAAGGUUGUGCACCACAGAAGACGUAGACUGAUAAAUAUAUCAGUGAUAAGUGAAACAGAGAAAUCAGUUUUUAGAAAGAAUUCUGCUCUGUGACUUAAGUCCAUAUCUGGUCUUAUUCUGAAAGGACAGGCUGCUGUUAAACUGUCAUUUUUCAAUUUCUGUGACCCCCUUGGCAACUUUCAACACCCUGCAGCAGAGAACACAUCGUGACUAGUGUGACUGGAUCUAUCUCAGAGAGGUUAUACUGUACCACUAGAAACUAUGUCUGAACCACUGCAAUGUUUGUGUUUGUGUCUCUGGGCUGAGAAAAAGUGUUAAAAUGGUUUAAAUAAGGUUUUCUGUGCCUUUAACUACACAGCUAGUUUUUAUAUAGAGUGAAAAAUGGAUAUUAGACAUACAAAUUAUGAUAAUGUAAUGUUCAGUGUCCAAGAGCAAAGUAAACAUUGAUUAUUUUGUAUGUGAAAUGUGUGUUUUAAGCUUCUUUACACUGAUUUUAUCUGUAACCCACAGACUUUUACUUUGCUUCAAGGGAAGAUAUUUUCAAUUGUAUUUUUAGCCAUAACAGAGGGAUAUUUAUUUUUUUUCUAAACUAUGCUUUGCCUAUAAUUUGCGAUGUGAGUCCAGUACAUGUGCAAAGUAAGAAUGAGUUUGUUUGCAGUCACAGGAAGCAAACAAAUCACAUACAUCAUGCCGAGGAUUCAGCCAUAAAUCUGUCAUGUCAUGUGUUUUUGCUGGCUUUUUGCCCACUGCCAUCUCUAGUGGAGAGGAUUCAUCCUCUUCGUGUGCUAACAGAGCUGUAACGAAUGCAGUGAAAUGUGCAUUAACUGUUGUGCCUUCAUGUGAGCAACACGCUGAAAUGCUUCGUUUCUUUUAAUAAAUUUGUGUGGAAAAAGUGCAAGAAGCUCUGA